AUGAUUCCACAACAACAAGGAUACCCACAACCACCUUAUGACCCACAGUUUGGUAUGUAUCCACAACAAAUGCCGGGCCAAUACCAACAAGGACAGAUGCCUGGACAAAUGCCUAAUCAAAUGCCACCUCAAAUGGGAAUCCAAUAUGAUCAAAUGUACCCAGGACAGAUGCCACCUCAAAUGCAAGGUCAAAUGCCAGGGAUGUACCCCGGUCAACAAAUGUCCCCAGCAAUGACUGGAGAAUACAAGAAAGACAAAGACCAUAAAAAGGAUAAAGACCACAAAGAUAAAGACAAGAAGGACAAGAAAGAUAAGAAAGAUAAAAAGGACAAAGAACACAAAGAUAAGGAUCAUAAAGAUAAAGACAAAAAAUAUCAACAAAUGCCCCCUAUGCAGGGCCAAACGUACCAACAAGCUCAACAAAUCCCUCAAAACGUUUACCAACAACAACAAUUGCCUUAUCCACCUCAAAUGAUGGGCCAACAACAAAUCCAACAAUUGCCUCCUCUCCAACAACCAGGUCAAAUGUACCAACAACAAUGCCCUCAAAACGUUUAUCCUCAACAAAUGGCCGGUUCAAUGCCUCCCAUGGCCCCUAUGCCUCAUCCACAAAUCAAUCCAGAUCACAAAGAUAAAAAGGAUAAAGACAAAAAAGAUAAGAAAGACAAAGACCACAAAGAUAAAGAUCACAAAGACAAGGACAAGAAAGAUAAAAAGAAGAAAUAA